AUGAGUUCCCCAAACGCAUUUCGCUCGCAGCGCUUGUACUACCGGGCUGUAGAGGAUACAGACUUCGACAGACAAUGGUUCCACACGCAAAUCCAGUCUGACCCAGCGGUGUUUUCCUUGUUUGACCCGAGCGUGGUGCGACCUCAAACCAGAAGCCAGAGCGACUCCAAAUUGGCGGACAUUCAGAAAGGGCUACUUGGAGUUUUCAUUUGCCUUCCACCACAAAACACAACGACGCAGGACGCGGAUAUCCUGGAGAAGCUUACUCCGAUCGGCAUCCUUAACCUGGACGAUGUGGCUGGAGAGCGCUAUCGACAUCAUCAUAGACUGGUAGAGCUUCAGAUCUCAAUCGCACCUUCAUACCAGAACCAGGGAUACGGUAGCGAGGCAAUUCGCUGGGCCCUAGAUUGGGCAUUCGAGAGAGCUAACAUACACUCCGUUGGCCUGGGUUGCGUUGAGUACAAUGACCGCGGGAAGAGGUUGUACGAAAGACUCGGGUUCGUAAUGGAAGGACGUUGUCGCAAAUGUCACUUUCAUGAGCGCAAAUGGUGGGACAUAUUAUUAUACUCGAUGUUGGAGGGUGAAUGGGAGGCGUUGAAAAGCUAA